AGGGAAAAUAUCCAGCCGUCACAAGAAAAGUCGCACACGAUCAGAUCAAGUCAUGAUCACUUGUUAACCAAAAGCCAACACAUCUAGGUCACCGCGUGCAAGAACAGAUCCCAUAAGUCGAAAAGCAAAGGAAGAAGCGCCCAUUCCUUUUUGGGAAGGUUCUCACAGCAGAGCAGAGGAAUCACCAAUCCAGGGGAAGGAGGAGGAGGAGGAGAUGGAGGAGAGGGGGAAGGUGGUGUGCAUGGCGAAGCUGGCCGAGCAGGCGGAGAGAUACGAUGAUAUGGUGAAUUUUAUGAAGAAGCUUGCUAGGAUGGAUGUGGAUAUGAGCGCUGAAGAGAGGCAUUUAUUUUCAGUUGGUUUUAAGAAUACAAUUGGUGCAAGGAGGGCAUCAUGGAGAAUCCUUUCUUCACUUGAGCAAAAGGUGGCAGUGGGUGAGCAGGCUGGCCAGAUGAUAAGUGUCUACAGAACGAAAGUUGAGGAUGAACUAAGGAUGGUUUGCAAUGAAAUAUUGUCAAUCAUCGCUAUUCAUUGCCUUCCCUUGGCUAAUGCGGGUGAAAACGUUGUGUUCUUUCAUAAAAUGAAAGGUGACUACUACCGUUACCUGGCUGAAUUUAGCACUGGGGCUGAAAAGAAGUCUGCGGCUGAUCAAUCACUCAUGGCCUAUCAGCAUGCCAUGGUUGUCGCCUCCACUGAGCUUUCACCUGCUCAUCCAGUCAGGCUUGGCCUUGCGCUCAAUUUCUCAGUGUUCUUUUAUGAGAUAAUGAACUUUCAUCAGAGAGCUUGCCAAGUUGCAAAACAAGCAUUUGAUGAGGCUACUACUGAGAUUAAUUCUGCUGGUAUGGACGGCAACAACGAUAGCACACUAAUGAUGCAGCUUCUGAACGACAACCUAGCAUUGUGGAAGUCAGAACUAACUGAAGGUAAAACCUCGAAGGAUAGGACUAAAAGGAUUAUUCCAAAGCCCCUCAUCAAAUAUCAGAACUAUUGCACAUAUAUUAAAUAUAUAAUAUAUAUAUCCAAUGGCACACGCGACCGUGCGCUGGCCACGGGUGACCUGCGACGCAACAAGCAGCAGCCAGGAGAAACCUUGCACAAAUACAUCCAUCACUUUACCAAUGUUCGCCUCAAGAUUCGCAAGGUGUCGGAUGAGGCCAUCAUUUCGGUGUUCACCGAUGGCAUCUGUGAUGUCAAGAUGAAGGAAGAGCUCGCCAUACACGAGGACUUGUGCUCGGCCCUGGAGAUUUUCAACAUGGCAACCAGGUGUGCAAGGGCCGAGGAAGGUCGCCUCUUCCUCCAGGGACUUCUGGAGGCUGACCAAGAAGACAAGAAGGCCAAGGCCAAGGACGUGAAGCGCAAGGGUCCAGCUGUGCUCGCGGCCGAACCUGAGAUGAAGCCCAACUGCGACCACCCGGAGUCAUCCAAGGGCAGCCGCCCGUUUUGCGUCUUCCACAACAUGCACAACCACAACACCAGCGACUGCCAAGAGCUCAGGGCCAUCCGUGAUGGGUGCCUCGGUCAUCGCCCCGAGCGUAACUACCGAGGCUACGACUGUGGAGGAUGCUGA